AUGGAGGGUCUCCUCAAGAAUGAUACAAACAUCCACGCGGGUAUCCGUACGACGUUAUCUGGCCCUUCAGAUUACGAUAAUGAUGGGUAUUGUGGAUUUCAGAUCGUAGAGGCCAGAGAGGUUGAUACAGUUGGGACCGAUGGUAUAAUCCAGAAAAUCCGCGAAAGAGUCGGUACCGACAAUCCUGUCUACUUAUCCAUUGACAUUGAUACUCUCGAUCCCGCAUUCGCCCCUGCAACUGGAACUCCCGAAACAGGCGGCUGGUCGACGCGCGAACUCCACACGAUCAUUCGCGGCUUGGACGGGCUGAAUCUCAUUGGGGCGGAUAUCGUGGAGGUUGCCCCUGCGUAUGAUACCAAUGCCGAGCUGUCGACCAUGGCUGCCGCAGAUGUUCUCUAUGAGAUUUUGACGAUCAUGGUGAAGAACGGGCCGUUGUCAGUUUCCAAUUCACAUGCACAUGAAUUGUGA